CACGGGCCAGCGCUGUCAGUCGAGAUUUGUCCGUCCGUCUACAAGGACCAAUACAUCUCUCCCGAUUCACUUACAAAGUUUAUCCCUGAAAAAGUCGUGAACUGUAUUCCGAGUGUUUCACAAACGUGAUUAUACCAAUGUUGAUAUAUUCCUCAUACCAGUGUAUUUAGUUCUAUGAUUUAAGAUGGGCAGAACCCUGGUAGCCAGAAUUGUGACGCUAGGUUUAGUGCUCACUGCAACGUACGGACAAAUCCCCGACUCACAAUAUUCUAAUGAAGAUACGACCCCUAAUUCGAGUGAUGUAGAAGGCCGUCAGAGUGGUUCCGAUCUGGAGUUCCGGUAUCACGACCAUGAGGAACUAACGAGGUACUUACGGGCGGUCUCAGCGAAGUAUCCGGCCCUCACUGCGCUCUACUCUAUAGGGAAGUCUGUGGAAGGUCGUGACCUAUGGGUGUUGGUUGUUUCGGCGUCGCCUUACGAGCACAUGAUCGGAAAACCUGAUGUAAAAUAUGUGGCCAACAUCCACGGCAACGAGGUCGUCGGACGGGAGCUGCUGCUACAUCUCAUACAGUAUUUGGUGACAUCUUAUGAAACAGAUUCAUAUAUAAAAUGGCUGCUCGAUAACACGAGGAUCCACCUGAUGCCAUCUAUGAACCCUGACGGUUUCGCAAACUCUAACGAAGGUCAAUGCGGCACCAUUGUUGGCAGGCACAACGCGCGGAGGUACGACCUUAACAGGAACUUCCCGGACUUCUUCAAGCCGAACACGAUGCAGCCACAGCCGGAGACAGAGGCGGUCAAGGAGUGGAUCAGCAAGAUACAGUUUGUGCUGUCAGGCUCAUUGCACGGCGGCGCCCUCGUCGCCUCGUAUCCCUUCGACAACACGCCCAGUGCUAGAAUAUGCAGAUCUUCUGUGUUAUGCGCCGUGUUCCAAAGAUACACGCCGACUCCAUCUAUCGCGCCGGACGACGACGUCUUCCGUCACUUGUCGCUGGUCUACUCCAAGAACCACGCUAAGAUGUCGCGGGGCGUAUCCUGCAGGUCCCACGUCCCCAGCUUCAAGGACGGCAUCACUAACGGUGCCGCCUGGUAUCCGCUCACAGGUGGAAUGCAAGACUAUAACUACUUGUGGCACGGGUGUAUGGAAAUAACUUUGGAAAUUUCGUGUUGCAAAUAUCCACCAGCGCACGAACUGCCCAAGUAUUGGGCCGACAACCAACAGGCGCUGAUCAAAUACCUGGCGGAGGCUCACCGCGGCGCGCACGGCUUCGUGAUGGAUGAGAACGGCAACCCGGUGGAGCGCGCAGCGGUCAGGGUGAAGGGCCGUGACGUCACCUACCACACCACCAAGUACGGAGAGUUCUGGCGCAUUCUCCUGCCCGGCACCUACCGCCUUGAUGUGUCAGCAGAGGGCUACAUACCGCAAGAAGUAGAGUUCAUCGUCAUUGACAGCCAUCCCACGCUGUUAAAUGUCACUCUUCACUCCGCUAAACGUAUCGACAAUGGAGGUUAUUACCGGCCGCUGGUGCCGCGGCCGCCGCCUGCGCCCGCGCCGGGCUUCUUUGCCUCCAUCUCAAACUCCUUCCAGAACCUCGUCAACAAUUUCCUUGGAUAAAUAUAAAAUAACCAAUCUUCAUUUCCAAUUGUUAAUAUACUUUCACAUGUUUUUCUCACUCUCAGUGACAUGAAACGAUACAUCCUUCUGAUAGGUUUCCACUGUUGAGACACGUACACAAAAACAUACUAUCAUCCUCUCUCUUCCUCUUAAAAAAUGCAGAGAUAAUGAAAGGCAUCUUUAUUAACCUACGUAUUUUUUUUCUGGCAGUGGAAACUCACGCUUACUACCGUUAACAAGUUCAUAAAAUUGUAUAUUAAAAAGAAAGUUAUGUAAUAGUUAACUGAACAAUUAGUCUUAGUAAUUUAGACAGGCCAAUACGCUAUAUAUUCUUGCAGGCAAUUAAAUAAAAAUAACUUACUUUCGUUCCUAAUUAUAAGUGCACAUAAAUUUCCUUCUAAAUACGUUAAGUUAAAUUUAA